AUGGCAGUUGCUAUUCUGCACCAGACCGAACCCAGCUUAUGCGCUGCUUGCGGCUUCUACAGGAAUGGCAGGAAUGGCAAUUACGAAGCGAUUGAGUCUUGGGGCUUAACAAGCCAUGUUAAGCGGACUAAUUCCCAAGCUUGCAGACGAUCCCAUCCCGCCCCGGCGGGACCUGAGUUUAUCCGAGGCGAGCCGUCCGCACAAGGCAAGGUCUCACUUGACCGGAUUGAGUCUGCUGCUACACGAUACAGCUUACAAUCAACCAUCCUAUUAUUACUGCAGGUACUUUGUAGAAGCAGAAGGUACGGUGACACCCGCGCCCGUGUUCGAUCGGUCGAUUGCAUCAUGAGGCAUGCCGUCGGGUCCAGGGAACCGUUUCCGGUCGACAUGCCAGCCGUCGUCGUGUCCUUAACCAAUUCAGUAGUAGAAGCCAAGACCUAG